AUGUCCGAUACUACUGGAAAGGUCAUCAAGUGUAAGGCUGCCGUCUGCUGGGGCGCAGGGGAGCCGCUCAAGAUCGAAGAGGUUGAAGUUGCACCGCCGAAAGCGCAUGAGGUUCGCAUCAAGAUCCUCUACACCGGUAUCUGUCACACGGACGAGUACACUCGCAGUGGCGCGGAUCCAGAGGGCGCUUUCCCCAUCAUCCUGGGACAUGAAGGCGGCGGAAUUGUAGAGUCCGUGGGCGAGGGCGUCGACAGUGUUAAGCCUGGUGAUCAUGUCAUCCCUCUGUACACUGCGGAGUGCAAGAAGUGCAAGUUCUGCACUAGUGGCAAGACAAAUUUGUGCAGCUCGGUCCGCGCCACUCAAGGACAAGGUCUUAUGCCCGACAAGUCCUCCCGCUUCUCUAUCAAUGGGCAGCCUAUCCUCCAUUUCAUGGGCACUUCUACCUUCUCCCAAUACACUGUAGUCGCCGAUGUUUCCGUUGUCGCCGUUAACCCCACAGCGGACCUUAGCAAGGUCUGCCUUCUUGGGUGUGGCAUUACGACUGGAUGGGGGGCGGUCACGAAGCAACCCGGCAUCAAGGACUCCAAUGCAGCUGUUUUCGGUGUCGGCUGUGUCGGGCUUUCGUGCAUCAACGCCUUCGCCGAGACAGGAGCCAAGCGGAUUAUCGCAGUUGAUACGAACCCCGCGAAGGAGGCAUGGGCAAAGAAAUUCGGAGCGACCGAGUUCGUCAAUCCCAAGCAAUUACCCGAGGGCAAGCGCAUCCAAGAUCACCUCGUCGAGAUCACCGAUGGCGGGCUCGACUUCACCAUUGAUGCGACUGGCAACGUUGACGUCAUGCGCGCGGCCCUCGAGGCGUGCCACAAAGGUUGGGGAGUGUCGACUAUCAUCGGUGUUGCGGCUGCUGGCAAGGAAAUCUCGACACGUCCGUUCCAGCUCGUCACCGGUCGCGUUUGGCGGGGAAGCGCUUUCGGCGGUGUAAAAGGCCGCACUGAACUGCCCGGCAUGGUCGAGGAUUAUCUUAAGGGAACUGUCAAGAUCGAUGAGUACAUCACGCACAGCUUCAAGUUCGAGGACAUCAUGCAGGGUUUCGACGCCAUGCACGGGGGUGACUGUAUCAGGGCUAUUGUCGACAUGUCGUGA